CUAUAAAUUCUAUUAAUUAUUAAAAGUUUUGUAUAUUUUUUUAAGUUAUAUUUAUUGGACUAAAAAAUGGCUGAUUUAGUAUCUAAACCUCGAUCGGAAUUGACAGAGGCAGAAUUACAACAGUUAGAAGCUUAUGAGUUUGAUACAGGUCCUCUUUCUGUUUUACAGCAAGCUGUACGGAAUCAUAAUCAAGUGUUAAUUAGUUGUCGAAAUAAUCACAAGCUUUUAGCUCGUGUAAAAGCAUUUGAUCGUCAUUCUAAUAUGGUUUUGGAAAAUGUGAAAGAGAUGUGGACUGAGACCCCAAGAAAUGCUAAAGGAAAGAAGGGGAAGCCUGUUAACAAAGAUCGGUUUAUUAGUAAAAUGUUCCUUCGCGGAGAUAGUGUUAUUCUUAUAUUGAGAAAUACAGUGUAA